AUGGUGACCAUUCAAGGAAAGAAAGUUGGCAAUAUAGGCUUUGGCCUGAUGGGCCUGACAUGGCGAGCAUCUAAGCUAUCGGACGAGGAAAUCUUUGCCGUCAUCAAGGCCGCUCUCGAUGCCGGCUGCAACUACUUCAACGGCGGCGAGUUCUACGGCCCUCCAGACCACAACUCGCUUACCGUGCUCAAGCGUUACUGCAACAAAUAUCCAGAGGAUGUAGACAAGAUCCUCCUCAACGUCAAGGGCUGCAUGCUUCCGGGCUUGCUGGCGGACUCCUCGCCUGAAGGUGUUCGGGCCAGUAUUGAGAACUCGGUCCGCCUGAUCGGGGGCAAGGGAAGGAUCGAUCAAUUUGAGGCGGCCCGAAAAGACCCCAAGGUGGACAUUGAAGUGACCAUGAAGGCCAUGGACGAGCACAUUCAGGCCGGGGAUAUCGGGGGCAUCGCGCUGAGCGAGGUCAGCGCCCAAACGAUCCGUCGAGCUGCAAAGGUGGCCAAGAUCACAGCCGUUGAGGUGGAGCUGUCCAUCUGGAAUACUGAGCCUCUCGAGAACGGCGUGCUUGAGGCUUGCGCUGAGCUUAAUAUUCCUGUUCUUGCAUACAGCCCACUUGGCAAGGGCUUCUUGACCGGGCAAGUUAAGUCCUUUGACGAUAUCCCCGAGGGAGACUUCCGGAGGAUGUUGCCUCGAUUCCAGCCUGAAGUUUUUGAGACAAAUCUUCGACUCGUUCGGAAGGUAGAGGAACUCGCGGCGAGAAGAGGAUGUACACCAGCUCAAUUCGCCAUCAACUGGAUAUUGGCCCUUUCUAAACGGCCUGGGAUGCCGACGAUCAUCCCCAUCCCUGGUGCCUCAUCGCCGGAGCGCGUUCGCGAGAAUGCUGUGGAGAGAGAGCUGACGGAGGAGGAUAUGGCUGAUGUGGAAAGGAUCUUUAAGGAAUUCGCUCCGGUAGGCGACAGAUACCACAAGCACGGCAUGGAGCUCCUCGACAGAUGA